AGGUUGAAGUAUUGUAUAUGACCAGCUCACAAAGAAAUGCAAGAAGAAUAUCAGGGAAAUGAAAAACUGUUCGACAACGGGCAUGAAAUGCAAGAUGAGGAUCUGCAAGAGGAUCUCCUCUGCGACGGCGAAAUGACUGAGGCCGACGAUAUGGAGCAUCCUGAAAUGCAGUAUAUCACCACAACCGACAAGCAGGAUGAUGAUCCUACAAGAAGAGUGAUAAAGCCGAGAAAACGACGUAGAGGGCCGGAUGAAAGUCCAUGCUUGGACAAUGAGAUCGAUUAUACUGCUACUAACUACUAUCAUCGAUAUAAGAACAAGUCAUACGUACGACGCAAUGACGUGGGAAAGUAUUGUCAAGUUUGCAAGGCAAAGCGGUUAGGUGGAAAGUCGCGUGGGCUUCCAAGUGAUCUACAGCUUCGGAAGCUCUGGAUCUUACGAUUCAACCUCGAGCCUGAAAGAGCCGCUGAGCUUUGGGUCAAAGAUGCUUUCUCCGACAAUGCUCACAGUGGAGAAGUUUGCUCGAUUCACUUUCCACAAGUCAGUGAAUCCUAUCGCAACUCUCGUGAUGUGCUGCCCAUUGACAUGAGGGACCCGCAGAUGGUUGGAGAAAACGCAGACGAUGUCGAUUUUGGCAGCAUGAUCCUGACAUGCGUUUACUGUAACGCGCAAAGACCACUAAGAUCAAUGAUACCUUUUGCUAGAGCGAGAUUUCGCCGUCGUAGGUGGAUAAGCGCGCUGUGUGACGGUGAUGUUCAGGCUGAGGGGCAUUUGCGUGAAGCGUUGAAGAAUGGUGCCACGAAAUUUUUGUGCGACUGGCAUUUUGCCGAUAGUUGCUUCUCGAUCAACACAUAUGGAGAAUGGAAGUUAAAGAAGGAUGCUUUGCCAAAUCCUGUCCUAGAAGAGAAUGAACGAACAAGCUUGCGCAUAUACAUGAUCAAUCAUGUUGAUUCAACUAUACAACGGAAUGACGAGCUGCGUCGAAGGAGGUUGAAUUUUCUAAUGCUCCGGAAACACGCCAAAGAGAAGGAACGGAUGGAUCGAGAAAAUUCGAGGGCCAUAUAUGAUCGAAUGCGACGAACGUUUCCGCGCUUGCCGCAAGAUCAGAGACCCGCCAGGCACGCCGAGUAUGCGGAACCUCCUCCCAAUUACAUAGUGAGCAACGGGAGGAGGCUAGCUCUAGUGAGUGGCUCUCAUCCUCCGCAGUAUAUCGAAGUCGAUCCCGAGAUGCCCAUGUUGUACCCGGAUGAAGGAGUCGGGCCAAGUGAAGAAUACUAUCAGGACCCGAGCACAUCCCAAGAUGGCGUCAAAGAAGACAUCGAUGAAGUGGUGGAAGGGGAUAUCCCUUACUCUGACGAUAGCGAUGCUGAAAUCGAAGUUAUACGCAAGCUGCAAAGAACGGUCGAUGUGGCGGUGUCAGAGGCUCGUGAAUGUGUAUUCUGCCAUGCUAUAUCAGCAUACGACAAAAGAAAAGUGGGAAGUCGGAUACGAACGUGGCCUUAUGAUGAUGUGAAGCAUGAAAAAUUCCUCUUGUUUCUGGCAUGGCCGAAAGAGGUGGAAGAUGAAAUUCGUCGAUUAUGGGUAAAGAGACGGAUAGAACCCCUCAAUGCCCUAUCCAGUACUAUUUAUCAUUAUCCAAGUCUGAGUGUUUGUCAACGGCAUUUGGACGAGGCUGGAAUUGCACGACAGUAUGAAGCUUGGCUUGCUCGAUAUUGUGUCCUAUGCGAUGAAGAGUUACCUGAUGAGAAUUUGCUCCUUCCUUUCCCAGUGGAUAAGCCUAGCAGAGUUGCUUGGGCAAAAAGUCUGUUUUCUAAGAAACCUCUCAGCAAUCUGGUGCUGAAACAACAACAGUGGUUGUGUGAGAGGCUAACGCGGGAAACAGCUACUCACUAUCGACUGUGUCUUUUCCAUUUCCAUAAGUCAAGCUUUACCGUGCUCAACGAAUGCAUCGAUUUUGAUCAGACUUCGCAACCGCUGAGUUUGAAUAUUUGCCAGUACGCCAGAAUUCCCCGAGGUCCUCAAGGAGUUGUGAAGUGUCCUCUUUGUGAUACAUGGAAUGUUGAAUCCGAAAUGACAGAGAUUCGUACGCCUAACGGACAAGCUGAGCGCAACUUUUUGGUGGAAAUGCUUAUCAGCGUCGAGAAGGCGACGUUACGAAAAGGCGUUGACAAAUUAUGUGCGGAAGCAUCUACAAUAUGCAAAGCCCACAUGCCAGAUGAGGACCCUUAUGAACUAAUAGCAGAGCGAGAGCUUGUUGCCUCAAUAACGGUACAGUGCGUGGCUUGUUCAGCAAGCGAUUUGGCCCAGAACAUGACUCCAUUCCCGCACGAUCCAGCUAAGCGGAUUAUGUGGGUGGACUCGAUGUCUCGCCGACGUGGGAACCGUCUUCGUCUUUUGAAUCGGCUAUCAUUGGAAGGCCGUCACUACAUCUGUCCAGCACACUUCCACCCAAAUGCUCUUCGGUACAUACCCGGCCUCGGUAUCUUCAAAAAAUUCUAUUUCUUACCGAUACCAGAUCCAAAUGAACAGCCACUCACCCGUGUUCCAGAGCAACAUGAGGACGACUAUGUGCCUUUGCUUAUUGAUGGAAUAGAUAACAGCAAGGUGGAUUGGCAUCUGAGUUAUGACAAAGUUCGAGAACUUGUGGGUGAAGUGGUUGAUGAUAUACAGGAGCAGUUUGAGGAACACCCUGAUGAAGCCCCUGUGGUGUAUACAGACCGUGAGCAAGAAGCGCGACAGCAAGAGCAAGAAGAAGAAAAUAUUGUGGUAGACGAAGUGGAGUAUGAACCCUUUGAGGAAGCGGAUCUAAACAUUGAACGACCGGGUUCACCUCAUAUUAUUGCUGAUGAUAUCCCUGCAGCGGACAGAGAAGAAGUUGUUGUUACUGAUGAAAUUGAAUAGGCCCUAGCUUUCAAAUGAUAAGUUUUAACUGCUUGAUGUACCAUAUAAGUUUUAAUUGCUUGAUGUACCAUAUGUGUGUCUUAAGAGAGCAUGUUAUUCGGUUUUAUGAGCGUUCUGAACAGCGCUGAUCAUAGACUUGUUAUAUCUGUUUGUUGACUGAUCUGCGAUAAAUCAUGAAUCAAG